AUGCUUGAUUACCUAUCCCUUAUCUUUGUGGUUGCCGUGAAGGUUUUCAAGAAAACCACCCCCAAUGGAAAAGUUACGGUGUACCUUGGCAAGCGUGACUUCAUUGAUCAUAUAGAUUACUGCGAUCCUAUCGAUGGAGUGGUGGUCGUUGAUACUGACUACCUGAAAGGAAGGAAAGUUUACAGCCAGCUCGUGACCACUUACCGCUAUGGUAGGGAGGAAGAUGAGGUUAUGGGAGUCAAAUUUUCCAAGGAAAUGGUCAUCGGUACGGAACAGGUCGUCCCAAUGGUCAACUCCAAAAUGGAAUUGACACCUGUCCAGGAAAAACUUCUGAAGAAACUGGGUCCUAAUGCCUUCCCAUUCACCUUCAACUUCCCAGAGAUGUCUCCCAGCUCGGUAACUCUGCAAGCAUCCGAUGAGGACCAAGGCAAGCCCAUGGGCGUUGAAUACUGCGUCCGCACUUACGUUGCUGAGAGCGAAGACCAGAAGAGCCACAAGAGGAGCUCGGUCACCUUGGCGAUCAAAAAGCUACAACACGCACCUGCCUCCCGAGGCCGCCGCCUUCCUAGCUCUCUCGUCAGCAAGGGCUUCACUUUCAGCAAUGGAAAGAUCAGCCUCGAAGUCACUUUGGACAAGGAAAUUUACUACCAUGGCGAAAAGAUCUGCGCGAACAUCAUCGUUUCCAACAACUCCAGGAAAUCCGUCCGCAACAUCCGUUGCAUGGUGGUCCAGCAUGUCGAAAUUACCAUGAUCAACUCGCAAUUCAGCCGCCACGUUGCUUCCCUGGAAAGCCGUGAAGGUUGCCCAGUUACCCCCGGCGCCAGCCUGUCCAAGAGCUUCUACCUGGUUCCCCUUGCUCGCAGCAACAAGGAUAUCCGCGGUGUGGCUCUAGACGGCCACCUGAAGGAAGAUGAUGUCAACUUGGCCAGCUCCACCCUGGUGACCGAAGGCAAAUGCCCAGCCGAUGCUAUUGGUAUUGUCGUGUCCUACUCCGUCCGUGUCAAGCUGAACUGCGGUACUCUUGGAGGCGAGCUCGUUACCGAUGUGCCAUUCAAACUUCUUCACCCUGCUGAGGGAUCUGUUGAGCGCCAGCGAUUCAACGCCAUGAAGAAGAUGCAAUCCAUUGAGCGACACCGCUACGAAAACUCUCUGUACACCAACGAGGAAGAAGACAACAUUGUCUUCGAAGACUUUGCCCGCCUCAGGAUGAACGAGCCAGAAUAAGCAGACGGAGGAUCGUAAAUCGAUAAAAAAACCAAAAAAAAAGAAAAAAAACUUAUAGAAAAACAAAAAAAAAAUUACACGUAACCAAGCAAGUCAACCUCGUAACUUAUCUUCAUCGAUUGGCAACUAUUGGCGACCCUUAUUGUUACCUUAUUAUUAUUACCUUAGAGUAUACAUCAACUCAUUUGUAUACUACCUUCAUUAUCAUGACAUUAAAAAAAAAUAGUUUAUCGUUUAUAAUAUUCAAAAAUGUGAGGCAUAUAUAUUUUAUUAACAAAUUAUGUAUCUAAAUAAAAACAUCAUCCUUCAUUGUAUCCAACUUACCUUAGAAAAUUAAAUAAAAAAAUUCACCAGA